AUGUAUUUAAUGAAAUGCUCCGCGGAGGAAGGAUUUUCGCGUGGGGAGCUCAAUCGCUAUGGAAACAUCGAGCUGAGCCCCUCAGCAGGGGUUCUGAAUUACGGCCAGGUGUUGAAUUGACCAGGGAAUAAUCACAUGUCUAUAUACAGCUUGGGCAUGACUUUAUGGAGAUGAUGAUACUCUGUUCUUGGUAAAACAGGGACUGUUCGAAGGCUUGAAGGCCUUCAGGAAGGAGGACGGCAGGGGGCUGCUGCUCUUCCGGCCGGAGGAGAAUGCCAUGAGGAUGCGGAUGGGUGCCGAGAGGAUGUGCAUGCCUUCCCCUUCCGUGGAGCUGUUCAUUGACGCCGUGAAGCAGACCAUCCUGGCCAACAAACGAUGGGUCCUCUCUCUCUCUCUCUCUUUCUCUCUCUCCCCCCCCCCUCCCCGUUUUGCCUUCUUGCUGAUGGGUGGUCGGAGCAGGUGCCGCCGCCGGGUAAGGGGGCGCUGUACGUGAGACCACUUCUGCUGGGGACCGGGGCCGUGCUGGGGCUGGCGCCGUCGCCGGAGUACACCUUUCUGAUCUACGCUUCGCCGGUGGGCAACUACUUCAAGGUGCGGUUCCGCUCCUUUGCCCGUCUCUGUUUUCUUUUCUCUGUUCUUUCUCCUCCUUUCCGGGAAUCUUCUCCCAUCUGAUGCUUCCCUCCGGUACUAAAGAUGGUUUCUCUUAGAAGAGGGAGAGAGAGAUUCUAAUUUUCGUUGUCUCACAGGAGGGCUUGGCUCCAAUACACCUGCUCAUCCGAGAUGGAGUCCACCGUGCCACUCGAGGUGGAGCUGGGGAUGUGAAGACAAUCGCCAACUAUGCACCGGUGAGAAGAACAUCCCCUCUGAUCUUUUAUUCAUUCCUUUUUUAUGAGAAGGCGAUCGAGUAUAGUUCUUUCCUUGCAUAGUUUACGCACUUCAUAUCUGAUGAAUAUUAUAGAGAUUAUAUUUACAAGUAAAUUCCUAUGCCGAUGUUUUACUUAAGGAUUCAGUGAUAUAAUUCAAUAGAUCUAUAAGCUCUUGAUCGGUGCGAUUCUGCGAGGAAAUGGCAUGCAUGGCAUCGAUCGAUACCCAGAAUCAAUCUAACUAAAAAAUUGAAAAUUCAAGAAUUUUUUUUUGAACAGGAGCUGUUCUUGCGGCUCCAGGAUAAUAUUCAUACUAAUGUUUCUCCUUCCUUCCUUCCUUGUAGGUUUUGAAGGCGCAGAGGGAAGCUAAGGCUAAAGGGUUUACAGAAAUCCUAUUCCUCGACUCUGUGAACCAGAGAUAUUUAGAGGAAGCCUCCUCCUGCAACAUCUUCCUUGUCAAGGUAGGCCGACCAGGAAAUUUUUAUAGCGGGAUUAUUUUAUAAGAAAGAUGCUUCCUUUAUUUAACCAAAACCAACGAAUUAUGUUCUUUAUUGCUGGUGAUUUUUAUUUUAUUUUUUUAAUAUGAUUCCGGUGUGAGGAUAGGGGGUUAUUUUUUAUGGUACCCUCGGCAGAUGAACAGAGGGGGACCCAUUUUAGGCUGAUUCAAGCGGUCUGAGUUACCAUUUUGGGAUGAUAUAAUCUCUCCUCUGACAGGGUGAUGUGAUUUCCACUCCGGCAACAAGAGGAACCAUCCUUGCUGGUGUCACACGCAAGAGCAUGAUCCAUAUGGCUCGCAGCCAUGGAUACCAGGUCUGUAAUGCCGUCCAUUGCUGAAAUCUCUGAUGUGUUUCGACGAAGAUCCAUUGCUCUCAAAAUAGAACUGGGUUUUGACCAAUUAGCCGGGAAUUGACCCGGAUUUUCUCGGGUUUUCUUCGAUUUCUUGGAUUGUAUCGAUCCUCUUUGAUGAAUUACUGUGGAUAAUCAAUCAGAAUUCUCUUCUUGCGAAUGGAUUCUGGGCCUGGAUGAGAAAUAUAAUUCGAGGGAGCUGUUGGUUUUAUCCUUUUUUCGUUUCUAGAUUCGACUCGGGGAGACCUAGCCGUUGACCAAGUUCAUGACCCUCCCCUCCCCCUUUUUUCCACGCAGGUAGAAGAGCGGCUUGUGUCCGUGGAUGAAUUAGCUGACGCAGACGAAGUCUUCUGCACCGGAACUGCCGUGGUUGUUGCACCUGUGGGCAGCAUAACCUACAAGAACAAGAGGUACUCUCUCUCUCUCUCUCUCUCUCUCUCUCUCUCUCUAACUCCAACCCCUCGAUGAAGUGGCGGGCUUGGCUCAGUCCGUAUUUAUCUCUAUUGCGCCAAGUGUUGACUUAGAUGAGGGUCAACUCUGAAAACUCUGACGGCCAUCUCUCCUCUUGUCUCUCUCUGACGGCAAUCCAGUCAAUAAGCUUUCAAUCUAUGGUCGUAAUAUGGACAUAAUUGUGGUUUUAGUAGCUUCAAAUUUGAUCCGAAUUCAGUAAUCGUUAUCUAAGAUUGGACCCAAAUUUAUUUAUUUAUUUGUAAAUUUUAAUGAAAACGUGAACUUUGACGGCGCAGGUUUCAGUACAAAACUGGACCGGAGACGAUCGGGCAGAGGUUGUAUACGACACUCACGGGCAUCCAGAUGGGCCUCUUACCGGACGAUAUGGGCUGGACGGUCGAGAUUGACUGA